AUGGAUGGCCGCUCUCCUUCAUCCUCCGACCACUUUGGUCUUCUCUCGCCUUUCCCCUCCUCGUCGAUCGCCAUGUCGCCUCAGUACGGCCACAGCUGUGCGCUCACCAUCCUCAAGGGCGACGCCGAUCACCCCAUCACCGCGCACGAGCCCAUCCACAAGAAGCACGAAUCCUCCAGAGGUCCACUCUCUCCUUCGCAGCCUUCGCGCUUUGCCGCUUCUUUCUCCAAUCUGCGAUCCGCCUCUCACGCCGCUUCCUCUGGUUUCGACUCGAGUGUUCACGUCCACGCAGUCUCGGAUCACGGCAUCCUGCUUCCCUUUCUCGAGCGACCUGCUGAGGUCAAGGAGCUGCUCUUUGAGACCAAGGCCAACGAAACACUGAUGCACCGACUCUGCAGCGUGUUCGGCGGCGACGCGGACCAUCCCCUUCUGCGUGGCAAGGAUGAGCGAUGGGACGAGAUGCUCGAGCUGCUAAUCGAGCUCGAUCGCCCGCUGCUCGACGACGAAGACUGGCUUGCACGUCUCGAAUCGCUCGUCAUGGAGCGCUCUCCGUCAUUGUGGGCUCAACUCGCACGUUGCCUAGGUGCAGACGGCUUGCCGAAUCGUCCUACCGCUCAACCCAGAUCUUCCCGCUUCGACAGCUGGGCCCUGCCCUCGCGCUAUAUGGACGCUAGCCACGACGACAACGAUAGCCCCCUUCCAACGCCAUCCGCCGUGUCUAGCGAAGACGACCACGAUGCUCACAUUGAGCACUCCCUGUUUGUCAACGUCGAACCACUUGCCGCGCUGCCUCAAUCGUAUUCGGAGCAGCCAGCCGGCAAGAUGCAGCAAUCGACCUUGCACGAAGAGGCUUCCCCCGCAGUACCAUCUUCGCAACUUCAACCUCUCCCCGCAGAACGUCACGUCCACCAGACCUCGCCCGGCGAGCUGUUUGCCAUGUCGGCUGACAGACAAGACGCAAACACGACCACCUCCCUGCACGAUAUCAUGGAGGAGUCCCACCCGUCUUCGCUGGUAGGCGAGAACGUCCGCAGCAGGGCUCGAUCGCACUCUGGCAAGUUUGCAGGCCUUCGCAUUUCCGCUCUCAGCUCGUCCAGUCCCCCUGCUUCUCGACGUGCUUCGGAUGCUUCGGUGUUUCACAGAGACGUCUCUUCUCCUCUGCCGACCGGCGUCAUGUCUCCAGCCGGGCUAGCUCCUCACAGCCCCGGCGUCUCUGCCUCGCAACACACCUCGACGUCGUUCUCAAAGCACCGCAGACUCAGCGUGAUGAUGAUGCACAACCAGCCUACGCAGCAGCAUCAAUCGUACGCGCACGACCAUGACAACCUCAAAGAUCUUGACAGUGCCCUGUCACCAACGUCGACAUCUCCACGUCGCCGACGCGGUGUCAGCGAGGCACAGCAUCGCCUUCCUAGCCCAGCUCUUCAUCCGCAUACACGUCGUCGAGCUCGAAGCUUCGCCCGCUCCUUUGCCGAGCUUACUUCUCCUACGCAACAUGUCGAGCAGUUGCGUGCUGAUCACGCCAAGGCUGAAGCAGAUCGCCUCGCUGACAGCACACGACGCAUCAGCCUUCAAGAUACUCACGAGCCAUCGACUGCAUCUGCGCCCGCCGCACCCACCGGCGCUCUGGGACUGCAUGCUAGCCCGGACCCGCUCGAGUCAGCCUCCGCCUCUGUGGCGGGCGACAAGAUUCGACGAGCUUCCCGGCCUCGUAACCACAUUCUAAGUGUCGAUCGCAUGAGCGCUGCUAGCGACGCCGGGUCCGACUCUCCACCCAUCCCGGGCCUGCUCCCCGAUGGUCGCACACGUCAUCCAUCCGGAAGCUGCGGCUCGCGCGACCUCUCCGAAUCCAUCGCCGCCUUUCGCGCCAACAUGGGCCUUUCCAUUUCGCCCUCUCCGAGCGUGCCUGGCUCGCCUAAAGCUGACGAUGCCAAGUCGGACGCAGACAAGUCGACCGACUCGACCACUCGCAAGCGCAAAGGUACCAGCCCCACCGACUUGCCCGCACCCACCUCGAGGACCGCCGACACGGUCGAACCCAAGAUCUCGCGCAGGUCUUCACCGGAUCAGGCGCAGUUCUCCAAGCCCAAACAUAUGGAGGACGUCGAGGCGCGGGUGCAGACCACCGCUGGAAGCGGUCUCGCUCUCGGUGGUGGAUUUUCGCUCGCCAAGUCAGGCGCCAACUUCCGGCGUCAGAGCCACGAUGCUGCGACAAUCCCGCAAGGUGGUUGGCGGGCCAGUUUUGCCCGACGCGACGGCGGGCGUGGGAGAGGUGGGGAGCCGUACUCGCUUCGCUCGCCGCCGGCGGUGCAACGUCGCCCAGGAGGAUUCGUCUCGCUGGCGCAGGAGUACGAGCGCGCGAGGCAGGGACGGCGAUCGAGCGAGGUGGGGUAUUCGAUGCAUAGCGUCGCGGUUGCGAGUUCGUCGGCGAGCAGUCUGCCUGAUGUAGGUGAGGAUCGACGUCGAGGUGAAGAAGAGGAGGCCAGCGAAAAGGAUGCGACCAGUCCCGACGUCGUCAGGGGUGAGCCCACGCCUAUAGCCGUUCCUGGGGGCGGGGUCACGCCCAGAGCCUCCUUCGCCGGGUCACGAUUGACGGGACGUCAGCCGGGCUACCCAUUCCCCGCCGUCACACGCACGCAUGACGAUGCUCCUACAACCCGCACCUUGGCUCCAGCGACACCGCUCAGCCCUUUGCACGCAUGCCCGUCCUCCAACACCAGCGCCCACCCGUCCCCGCGCUCACCCAGCAUCGUCUUCCCCAUCUCCCCCAACCCCUCCAUCUCCCGAGCCCGCGAAUUGUCGAAAGCCCUCACCUCGCCUCGCUGCACCCACGCCUUUUCGCGUAUCACCCAUCUCUGCGGCCGUACCACAUCCGAGUCGAUCCGCGAGCUGCUCAUCAACACCGAGCGGAGCAGCAUGCACGACGAGCAGCUGCUCGAGGAGGUCGCGCGCCGGCUCGGGCUGGUCGACCAUGAACAGGCGCAUAAGGUGGGCGGAACGGAGGCGGAGGAGGCGGAUGUAAGGCUGGCCGAGGAAGGGUACGAGGAGCGAUGGGAGGCGUUUUGCGAGUUGUGCGGUGGGUUGGGCGUGGGGAAUGUCGAGUUGGGGGCCGCGAGGAGGCGGUGCGGGCCUGCGAUCGAUACGUGUAGCUGA